AUCUAACCACACGCCUUUCUCUUUGCGAGUUUCCACCGUUUAGAGCAAUGGGCGAGCCUCUUGUCUGGGCAGUCAAGAACGGAGACUUAGAUCAAGUCAAAUCACUAGCCCCGACGGUCGAUCUGAACAAGGAGCUGAUCAACGGUCGCAUGGCGAUCCAUUUCGCAGCCGACUACGGCCAGAAGGACGUGAUCGAGUACCUAAUAACGAGAAAGGCGGACGUGAAUAUACCAGACAAGCACGGCAUCACGCCGCUACUCGCCGCUGUGUUCGAAGACCACGCGGAAUGCGUCCGAUUGUUGAUUCAGAACGGAGCCAGAAAGGAUGGUAAAGCUCCUGGUGGUCAAAGCUACAUUGACUGUGCCGAAUCAGACGCCGUUCGGCGUGCUCUUUUAGAAAGUUGAAUUAUCACCAAAUCGUGGACGCUAUAGUUUUGUGGCAUUCUGAUGUGUUUUGAGUUGUGAGGUAUGAUGUCCGAGCCUUCGGAUAUUGCAAUGCAUGUUACGUCGGAUGAUUUUUUUGGUCGGCACUCGAACAGGUAGACAAAUGUCGGGUAUCACAUAUUACACGUACUCAUUUUUUUCAACUCGAUUUUCGGUGAUUGGAUAAUGUGUGUCUUGUACGGUCGUGAAAAUUUAAAAUUAAUAUUUUAUUUUUUAUUAUUUUUUUAAAUUAUGUAAAUGUACACUCCAUG